AGUUCCCCAAUCCAGGAAACUACCACUGCUCCCCAGCUGCCUGCAGAGACCCAGGAGACCCCAGGACCCACCCUGUGCAGCCCUCUAAGGAAGUCACCCCUGACUCUCGAGGAUUUCAAAUUCCUGGCAGUGCUGGGCCGGGGUCACUUUGGGAAGGUGCUGCUUUCCGAAUUUCGGUCCAGUGGGGAGCUGUUUGCCAUCAAGGCUUUGAAGAAAGGGGACAUUGUGGCCCGGGACGAGGUGGAGAGUCUGAUGUGUGAAAAGCGGAUCUUGGCGGCAGUGACCAGAGCACGACACCCCUUCCUGGUGAAUCUCUUCGGCUGUUUCCAGACGCCGGAGCACGUGUGCUUUGUAAUGGAGUACUCGGCCGGUGGGGACCUGAUGUUGCAUAUCCACAGCGACGUGUUCUCCGAGCCCCGUGCUAUCUUUUAUUCUGCCUGUGUGGUGCUGGGGCUGCAGUUCCUCCAUGAACACAAGAUUGUCUACAGGGACCUGAAGUUAGACAAUUUGCUCCUGGACACCGAGGGCUAUGUCAAGAUCGCAGACUUUGGCCUGUGCAAGGAAGGGAUGGGCUAUGGGGACCGGACCAGCACGUUCUGUGGGACCCCGGAGUUCCUGGCACCAGAGGUGCUGACGGACACGUCGUACACACGGGCUGUGGACUGGUGGGGGCUGGGCGUGCUUCUCUACGAGAUGCUGGUUGGUGAGUCCCCAUUCCCAGGGGAUGAUGAGGAGGAGGUAUUUGACAGCAUCGUCAACGAUGAGGUCCGCUACCCCCGCUUCUUGUCGUCGGAAGCCAUCGGCAUCAUGCGAAGGCUGCUGCGGAGGAACCCAGAGCGGAGGUUGGGGUCCAGCGAGCGGGAUGCAGAAGAUGUGAAAAAACAACCCUUCUUCAGGACCCUGGGCUGGGACGCCCUGCUGGCCCGGCGCCUGCCACCGCCCUUUGUACCCAAGCUGUCGGGCCGCACCGAUGUCAGCAACUUUGAUGAGGAGUUCACGGGGGAGGCACCCACGCUCAGCCCUCCCCGCGAUGCGAGGCCCCUCACCGCCACCGAGCAGGCCGCCUUCCGGGACUUCGACUUCGUGGCCGGGGGCUGCUAGCCCCUCUUCUGUACCUGCCCCCGCCCCCAACCAAGAGCUCUUAGUUUUUAAAAAGGCCUUUGGGGUUUGCCCCAGCCAUGCA